UUUAUUUAUUUUCCUAUGAUGAAUUUUUAAUUUUUCCCUGUUUUACGGGAAAAAUAUUCUUGUAAACCGAAAAAAUGUAAAAUUAAACAACCUGAAAAUGUCAAAGGAACAAUUACUACUCCAUCAAUACAAAAAUGAUGUAAUGAAUCUAGUUCAAAGUGCCAAAAAAUUAAUACCAAGAAGUAAACAAGAUCAAAUAUUUUCAGAAUGUUUUUAUUCAUUGAAAAAUAAUGAGCAAAAGUGCAUACCUGGUCAAUUACAGAGUACCAAAAUUAGUAAUUUUUUAAAAAAUAUAUUUAAAUUAUUUAUAUUCAUUUUUAUUCUUGCCAUAUUCAUAUAUAUUUUACUGAAUUUCCAUCAGCCAACCUCUAGCUUAGUUCUGAGAAAUGUCCAAGGUUUUAUAUAUCCAGGAUUGAAAAUUUUAAGGCAUUUAUCAGUACCAGUUAUUCAAAGGUUUCCAUUUUUAACAGGUUUUUAUGAUGAGAGUUGUCUUGUUGAGAAUCCUUUUUUUUAUGUUCAAGAAAUGGAAUGUUGGCCUUGCUUAAAUGUUUAUUCUCUUAUUGAGAUAACAGGUAAACAAAAUCAAAGCAUAUAUAUGUCUGGAAUACCACAUAUAACAAAAACUAGUCAUCAACCUGUACCUUAUGAGGUUUUGAAAAAUCUUUAUGAACAAAACAAAUAUUUAUUUUAUGAAGAAUCAAGCAGUAUUUCGUCUACAUCAGAUAAAAUUAAUAAUCUGAAGGAAUUAUUUGAUGAGUAUUCAGACAAAUUGAACUCUUCUGAUAUUCAUGUUUCAUGGAGGAUCAAUAGGAUGUCUUUUGCUCGAAUUUUGAGAAGUUUAUUUCCCAGACCUGAAUCUAUGCCAGAAAGGUCAGGACAGAGUGUGGAGAGGUUUAUUAUGAUUGACGGUGCCAAAGCUCCUCCCUAUACUCUUCCUGGGACAGAAUGUAGUUAUAUUUCAGUUAGACAAGCAAUAGGUCAAAGAAUAAUAGUUCUUAAGCCAUCCCUUGAGUGUAGUCAGGAAUGUCGAACAGUUUCUAUUGUUUUAAACUCUUCUAUUAUCUUGUGGUAUAAUUGGUGGUACUGGCGGCCUAUUAGUCUUCCAAUGGGAAAUGCUACAGAUUUAUCAAUUUCCUACAUCACAUCGUACUGUUGACGCUUGCCAAUGAUUAUCAGCUCAAUUGUUUUUAUAUUAUACAUAUUUAUCUUGAUGAAAUAUUCUCAAUUAGAAUUAUUGUGCAAUUCACUAGUUACCUGUAAUUUUAUUUAUAUUAAACCAAUAAAAUUUUAUACAUUAAUUUAA